UUGUCCUUUUUUCCCCUUGGUUUUAAGCAGCUAAAGGAGAACAUUGAGCAGUUCUUCACCAAAUUUGUGGAUGAGGGGAGAGCCACUGUUCGGUUAAAGGAGCCUCCUGUGGAUAUCUAUCUAAGUAAGGAUUCCAUAUGGCUCUCAUAUCAUUCCUUUCCAUCUUUGCGAAGAUUUGGAUACUGCAAAAACCUGUGUUUGUGGAAAAUUUUGUCUAAGCUGUUUUAUUCAAGGAACUUCUACCAUGAAUCUACACUCUGUUGCUCACACUGUGGUCUUAGUAGAUAA